AUGGCGGAGCUGCAGAUGCUGCUGGAGGAGGAAAUCCCGGGGGGCCGCCGGGCCCUCUUCGACAGUUACACGAAUCUGGAACGGGUGGCAGAUUACUGCGAGAACAACUACAUCCAGUCAGCAGAUAAGCAGCGAGCUCUAGAAGAAACCAAAGCCUACACCACCCAGUCCUUAGCAAGUGUUGCCUAUCUGAUAAAUACCUUGGCCAACAAUGUUCUACAGAUGCUGGAUAUUCAGGCAUCCCAGCUACGAAGGAUGGAAUCUUCAAUCAAUCAUAUUUCACAAACUGUUGAUAUUCAUAAAGAGAAAGUUGCAAGAAGAGAGAUCGGUAUUUUGACUACCAAUAAAAACACUUCAAGGACACAUAAGAUUAUUGCUCCAGCCAAUCUUGAACGACCAGUUCGUUAUAUUAGAAAACCUAUUGACUAUACAAUUCUAGAUGAUAUUGGACAUGGAGUAAAGGUGAGUACCCAGAAUAUGAAGAUGGGUGGGCUGCCACGUACGACACCUCCAACUCAGAAACCCCCCAGUCCCCCCAUGUCAGGGAAAGGGACACUUGGCAGCAGUGGGAGCAGCGGAGGAAGCCACCCGAGCAGCCGGAGCAGCAGUCGGGAGAACAGUGGAAGUGGGAGCGUGGGCGUUCCCAUUGCUGUUCCUACUCCGUCUCCUCCCAGUGUCUUUCCAGCCCCUGCUGGGUCUGCUGGUACUUCUCCCCUUCCUGCUACUUCUGCAUCUGCCCCUGCCCCUCUUGUUCCUGCUACUGUCCCUUCCUCCACUGCCCCAGACGCUGCUGCUGGGGGGGCCCAGGCCCUUGCUGAUGGCUUCACUUCUCCAACUCCCCCUGUUGUUUCUUCCACUCCCCCCACAGGUCAUCCUGUUCAGUUCUACAGCAUGAACAGACCUGCUUCUCGCCAUACUCCUCCAACAAUAGGGGGCUCGUUGCCCUAUAGACGCCCUCCUUCCAUAACGUCGCAGACAGGCCUUCAGAAUCAGAUGAACGGAGGACCUUUUUAUAGCCAGAAUCCAGUUUCAGAUACACCACCUCCACCACCACCUGUGGAAGAACCAGUCUUUGAUGAGUCUCCCCCCCCUCCUCCUCCCCCAGAAGAUUAUGAAGAGGAGGAAGCAGCUGUGGUUGAAUAUAGUGAUCCUUAUGCUGAAGAGGACCCACCGUGGGCUCCAAGAUCUUACUUGGAAAAGGUUGUGGCAAUUUAUGAUUAUACAAAAGACAAGGAAGAUGAGCUGUCCUUUCAGGAAGGAGCCAUUAUUUAUGUCAUCAAGAAGAAUGACGAUGGUUGGUAUGAGGGAGUUAUGAACGGAGUGACUGGGCUCUUUCCGGGGAAUUAUGUUGAGUCUAUCAUGCAUUAUUCUGAGUAAAGCUCAGCAGGGCUGUGUUUCCCUCACAGGAAUAGUCAGGUCUUCCCAGAUUAUCAAAAGGCCCUGGGGAUUCCCCUCCAGUGAAAUGAAGGAAGGAUACAAAUGACACAAACUACUUAUGUUUUUUUGGUUUACUCCCCAGUAUUAAAAAAGCAAGCUGAAUCUGAACAAAUGGAUCUUUCUGCCAUUAUUUGUACUAUGCUGAGCUGUUUGGAUUAAAAUAAAGUGACCAUUUCUAAAUAUGUCAGAGGUAUAACAGCAUAUAACUCUGUAAAACAAAUCAGGUUAAGACUGAUUCAGAAAAUCUGGGAUCUUUCUCAGGAAUACUGUACACCCUUGGGAUUUCUCCUCCUGCAGAAUCUGUGGCAUUGGAUGUUCUUCAGUGCCUGUGCUAGAGGGUCAGCCUCAUGGCCCUAGUGCUGUACCCUAGCCCCACACUUUCUUCCACUUGGAUGAGGAGGAGACAACUAGUAUUUAAAUAGCAUACGUAACCAUUUUUAUAACUGUUUCGAUGGCUUUUUUCCUCUUAACACUGUAAAUUCCGCAUUCUCUCAGCACUUGAGUGCACCAAGUGAGUGAGUGCUGCUGACUUGCAUCCCCCCUUCAUGUUUUUCAGUUUGUAGAUUGAGGAUGAUGAAGUGAGUCCCCAAACAUUGCGAGGGUGGUUAACAGUUGCUGGUUUGAUUUCAAUGUGCUGCGGCCGCUGCAGGAGACUGAGCUGCCACCGAGGGCUUGUGGGCCCAGGCGUGUGACGCGUGGUCGCCUGGCUCACAGACUGAAGCAGGUGUGUGAAGCUAGACGUGAGGUUCCUGAGGUUCUGAAGAGACUGACCUGGAGAAAAUGUUGUGCUCUAGGCAUCCUAGACCUUUGCCUUAGGCACUGUUUCCAGGAGUAGAAUCUUGGAGGUCAGACCAGCUAUUUCUUGACUUCUCUCACUAUUUAGGAAAACAUUCUUUCUUGGAAAAUAGCAGUUAUUGUCAAGUCCCUUGACAGUCACUGGGAAUCAAAGGCUUGCUACUGUGCUCCCCGAAUGUUGUUAAUGGCCAGUGUUAGCUGCUGCUGAGUCUGCUUAGUUCUAGGAAAGGUAAAUAUUCUCCCGGUUUUUGAUUGGCUUCUUUGAAGUCGCUGCUCUUGGCAAGAAUUUGAACCUUCUAUCUUGGACUAAGAAUAGUGGGAUGAGAGGUUUAAGGCCAAAUACUCAUCUACUUACAUAGAUAAAAAUCAAGAUAAUU